AGAUGUCCGCUGCAGUUAAACCUCAAGGAAGAGGAAGAAGAAGAGGAAGAGGCUCCAGCUGUUGGCCAUUGUUUGUUUCCUUACUUGACAACAAGCGGGAGGUGAAGCCACAGUCUGGCUCACUAAAGUGAGGAAUAUGCGCUCACCUGUCGGACUAAUCUCCGUUAUUGUUUUAGCCAGUUUGUACCUGUACUCUCUGUCCCUGUAUCUUCCUGCGGGACCGCGGCGACGUCCUGAUCCAGCUGCAGAGAGCCAACAUGUGGAGGAGGAGCCCGCUGACAGCCCGGAGGAGCCCAGCAGGUUGAAGUUUCCUUCAGACUUGGAGGAGCUGAGGGAACUGGCCGAGCUUCUCCAAUUUUACAAGACAGAGCACACCGGAUAUGUCCUGCUGCUCUUCUGUAGUGCAUAUCUCUACAAGCAGUCCUUUGCCAUCCCUGGCUCUUCAUUUCUGAACAUUCUAGCAGGGGCUAUAUUUGGACCAUAUCAAGGACUGCUGCUCGCCUGUGUGCUCACCACUGUGGGCUCCACCAUGUGCUACCUCCUGUCCCAGGCCUUUGGAAAACGCUACAUUGUUAACCUCUUCCCUGAUAAAGUCUCCAUGCUACAGAGGAAGGUUGAGGAGAACCAGGACUGUUUGUUCUUCUUCCUGCUCUUCCUGAGAUUCUUCCCCAUGACUCCCAACUGGUUUCUGAACAUGUCCGCCCCGAUUGUCAACAUCCCCAUCACCUUCUUCUUCUGCUCGGUCUUCAUUGGCCUCCUGCCGUACAACUUCAUCUGUGUCCAGACGGGCGUCAUGCUGUCCGAGGUGUCAUCGCUGGACGACUUGUUCUCCUGGGAGCGGCUGCUGCAGCUGCUGGCCAUCGCCUGCAUGGCUCUGCUGCCCGGCGCCCUCAUCCGCCACUUCAGUCAGAGGCGACUCAAACUGGACGCCCAGUCGCAGAAUGGGCUCAUCGCAGAUAAGAAGGUCCAGUGAUUUGUUCUGGGAAUGAGCGUGUGCCCCUGCUUUGAUGCCAUCUGUGUGGUGACUCUUCAAAAGCACACACACACACAAAAGGUUUCUUUUUUAUCUUGAGAGCUUUACUUUUCUGGAGCCACCUGAUGGAUGGAGAGGCGACUACGGCAACUGGCACAUUGGUAUUUGAAGCCAAAUAUAAUGUUGGUUCUCUUGUGCCAUAACAUGCACAGUGUAUGUAUAUAGAUGUAUGAAUGUACAGUUAUCAUAUGGACAGAGGGAUGGAUUUAAAGGAAACUUUGCUCUUGCACUCUUGUUGUACAUUAACAGUAGUGCUUCAGUGUAAACAGCCAGUGUUUAAAGUGCCUGUCAUGCAGUAAAACCUCUACCUCUAACAUGGACAUGUGGGACAUUAAAAUGUAGCAGCCUAUUCAUGUCGGUAGUGGCUGGAUGAUUCAGAGGAUUGUUUUUUUUUGGGGUCUGUGUGAAUGAUCUUACUUGGACCUGAAAUGCUGAUUAAGUAUUACAGCACAUAUUCUACAACUUGGGGUUGUAUUUUUUCCUGUUUGACAAUCGCAUUUUGCAGUUUCUGUAUUUAUACUAUUUUUCAACGCUGUUGAAGUUUUCCAAACUGUGUGACGUAUUGACCAUGAUUUUGAGUGUCAAGAGUGCCAACUGAACUAUGCCCAUCUCUGUUCAUACCACGUCACGAUAUCUAAUUGGCCGGAUUCUUAUCUGAAAGUGAGUGUGCAGUUAAUUCACGCUCUGUCAAAUCGAGCCUUAAUAUUGCUUUGAAAUCUUCCUCUUUGUGCAUUCUCUACAGUUCCGGUCCAACCACUACGCACUCUUUCUUCACGUGGGUUAUGAUGUGAAAGGUUAUUAUUUCUUUAAAAGGUGUAAAUUCUUCUAAGUGUACUUUAAUUCCCAAACACUGCUCUUUAUAUUUGUGGUAUGUCCGAUCACAAAUGAUGUGGCACCUUGAUUUUAAAGGUGAAAUAAAAAAAUUCAAAAAAGA